AUGUCUCAGCAAAAUUUCUCAAACUCUGAGAUUACUCAAACAAAUAUGAAAUCCCGAUCCCACACCAUCCCCCACCCUCAGACCUCCACUCCACCUCCUCCUCCUCCUCCUCCUCUUGUCUCCGAUUUAACAUCUUCUUCUUCGAGAAAGGUGGUCGCCAGAAAAAAUGCUAGUAGGCCACCGUCAGGAAAGGACCGCCACAAGAAAGUGGACGGUCGGAGCAGGAGAAUAAGAAUUCCGGGAAGUUGUGCAGCCCGUGUGAUUCAGCUCACUCGGGAACUCGGACACAAAACCGAUGGAGAGACCAUACAAUGGCUACUCCACAAGGCGGAGCCAGCAAUAAUUGCUGUGACGGGGGUUGGAGUCAGUCCGAUGAACUCCGUCACCACCACCGCGUUCAGAAUCCAAGCUUCCAACAUCGAUCAGGUCCCUGUCCAUGUCCCUGCAGCGAACCAUGCUUUUCAGCCGACGAAAGCCAUGCAAGAAGGUGGAAAUCGUGGCUUCGCGGUUCCACAGCCGCCAUCGCCACCUCUGCCGCGGCCAAUGUCAUUUACUGCUAUGCUCCUCCAGCCGUUGGGGCAGGAGGAGAACUUUCAUGGAUUUCCUGGAAAUGGCCUGUAG